AUGUCACUGCCAAAUUCAUCCUUUCAUAAUGAUCCAAAUUAUGAAUCAGCAGUUCAGGAUCUUGAACAAGAAAAGAAAAUGGUGGCUGCACUUAAAAGACUAUCAAUUGGCCAUAUGAUGCAAUAUGAUCCUGAUUUACCUCCUGGUACUAUGGAUAGCAUAGACCCUUUUUCUACUACUACUACUACUACCAACAAAAAUACAAACAAUACUACAAACAGUCCCAAUAGUAGCAACAUCAAAAGAAAUAGCGGAUUAUUUGACGAAGAUUUAGUACCACAAAAUAUUCACAGGAAACCAUCAACACGAUCAAGAUCACCACCUACUUCUCCUCAAAGAAAACACCAUGAUCAACAACAACAACAGCUGCAUUUCCCUCAUGAACCACAGACCCCUCCAUAUAAUAAAUCACCCAGUCCGGUCAAAAGACGUAGUUUUUAUGACAAUGCCAGUGUUGGAACACAAGAAAGCCACGACGUCUUUUUUGACGCAGAAGAUGAAGUAUUUGACGGAUCAUCAAAUUUAUUAUGGGUCCCAGCUAAUGCUCAUCCACAAGUUAACCCAGAAUCAUUUAAAAGUUUAAUCAAAACGCAAGUUGAAGAAAUUUUGGAGAGAAAAUUAUCUCGAAGAUCAUCAUUGUCACGAAAAUCUACCUUAUCUCGUAGCUCAAGUACCAGUACCAAAGAAACUUUAGCUCUAGAUCCAGAGACAACCUCUCAAUUGGAAAAGGAUACUCCAUUGGAUAGAAGAUCAUCAUUAUCUUCAACCCCACAAUCUAAAUCUACAUCAUCCGGAAGAAAACUUUCCACAUCUGCUGCUUCCCAGAAUCAACAACAACCAAUUGACAGUUCAUCACGUUCGUCUUCUGUUUCAUCAAAUUCGGAAUCUCCUCCUCGAGAUCCUGCCAAGAGAGAAUCAUGGUAUGCCAACAAUUCAAAACGAUACCUGAACCCUUCAUUGCGUGAAUUGACUAGUGAGUUGGAACAAUUGUCUAAAAUGGCAGGGAUGGACAAAAACGAUGCUGUUACCAUCGCAAGAACUUUAUCAGCUCAAUCAUUAGGUUAUACAGACGUUGAAAAACUAGCAUUUGAUGAAUUGGAUAGUGGUACUACAAGUACAACACCAAAUUCACCAGGAUCUCCUGGAAGCUUUGAUGCUGGAAGUCCACCUAGAACCACAACAUUGCAUUUACAACAGCGUUUACAACAACAAUUUCAACAAGCUCAACAAAAGGCUGAAAGAGAAGCAGAGUCCAGAAGACAACGUGAUUAUUCCCCACAACAGUUGUCACCUCCUAGUGAGGUGAGCAAAUCCGGAGGCGAUUUUUCUUUAAAGAGAAGUCGAAGAACUGAUUAUAGAAAGAAAGAUCAUGAUAUGAAGCAGUCCUCAUCACCUUCCAAUCCAUCACCACCAACCAGAAGAUAUAAUGCCCGUGAUUCAAGAUUGUUAUUCAAUUACAAGAAACCAAUAGAUUCAUCGUCAUCAUCAUCUUCUUCUUCCCCAACACCAGCUUCAAGAUUAUCAGGACAUAGAAACAACCAAAAGAGUUCCCAGCACUCAUUAGAAGCAGCUUUAACAAAUUCAAUGACAGAUAGUUCUGGAGUUUUGAGUAAUCCAUACCCCACCGCAUCCACCAGUAUUGAUUUCAGUCGUAUGAGUGCAAAAAAGUCCCUGAAACCAGCAUCAGCUCAAAAAUACAUUCAAGAACUACCUACAGAAUACAGAUCAUCUCGUUCUAAAAACAGACCAGACCAACAUUCCAGUCGAUCUCAACAUAGUAAUGGUUCUCACCACACUCAUCAUCAUCAUCAACAACAACAUCAACAACUACAAGAAACUCAUCCUUAUCAACAACUGAGUCAGCAACGUCAACACUCACUGUCAAGACAUCAUCAUCAUCAACAACAACAGCAACCGGUUCCAGAGAAACAUUCCCGUCAUGAAACUAAAAGGCUCAUCCCAUCUGCAUCCAAUACCAAUAUCAAUGACUUUAUGGUACAACUGGAUGAAUUUCAAAUUAAUGGAUACAGACAACAUCAUAGACAAGAAAGAUCUUCAAAGAGAGAGAAGGAUCAAUCUCGUAGUAAUCAUCAACAUCAUCAUCGUUAUGAUCAACAACAGCAGCAACCACCACCACAGCAACAACAACCACAACAAUAUUCAAGACAACUGCGUCGUCUUGAUCCAUUACUUAAAGGUUCUGCUAGUGGUGUUCGAGAAAACAUCCCUUCAUCUCAUCAACUGCGUUUACAUCAACCAUAUCCUAAUGGAUCUGCUCCAGCAAAAUCACAACAGUUGCAUCAAAACUUGGAUAAAUUAAGAUCAGAAAUUAAUGAUUUCAAGGAAAGUUUAACUAAAACUGAUCCAUCAAUGAGAAAGGACUCAAGGAAACCAGAUAGAUAUCGUCAACAACAGGAAGAAGAAGUUCAACCACAUGCUAAUUAUCAUCCAAUUCAACAUGACAAUAGCUUUGAAGUAAGCUUCCAAGACUUGACUGUUGAAGAUCAAUUGGGUAUUGAACAUGAAGUGAUGAAAGAAUUAGGAAGAGAUGGGAGAACAACCAUUGAUAUUGAUGAUGCAUUUGAUGAAGACUUGGAAGUUCUGCCAAUUAAAGAUGCAUCUUCUGAGUUUAGACUUGAUCAUGAUAUUUUAGAAAGUAUCCCAUUGGUUGAAAAUCACUUGCUUGAUUUAUCAGAUGAAGAGGAUGAAGAGAAUCCAAAUGAACGUCUGAGAAAUGACUAUUUACAUCAUACUGCUGCAGCACAUACAUCAACACUGCCACCUCCACCAGAAUAUACUGAACUCGAUGAGUUAUCAAAUGAAAGACAUCAUUCUUACCAACAAACACAUGAACAACAACAGCAACCUCAGCAACAACAAAGACAUGAUUCAAGAGUAGGUGUAAACUUGGAACCUGUGCAGCUAGAUGAAGUUGCCAAUGGGUAUGGCAUGAAUCCAUUGCCUUCACCAACUUUACGUUUAGAUGAGAACCGCACUCCAGGUCAUCUGAGAAAAGGCAGCAACGGUGCCAGUUAUGAUGAUUACUAUAACAUUGGCGAACGUCAAUCCUCGACUCCAGCUACUCCAAAAACCAAAAAGGAAUCAAAGGUCAAGACCAAGUUAUUCAACAAGGAUCCUAAUUUGGAAAUUAUCGAUUCUGAUAACUACAAGGAGAAGAUGGGCAUGGAACCUUCUUCAAGUAAGAAGAUGAAGAAGAAAAAGUCUUUUGGUAUAUUGAGUAGUGCGGCUUCAAUACAUUCUGGUGCUACUGAUGCUAGUGGAGAUGAGACUAAGAGGUUGAAAAAGAAGAAAUCCUGGGGAUGGUUACGUGAACGUUCUGCUAGUGCUUCCACUAUCGAUACAAGCAACUUGCCACCAUUACCGGUUAACAAUUUACCACCAAGAUCGUUCUCCAACCCUGAAAAGACCUCGAACUCAAACAAUCAACAAGGACAGGCUUUGCAACGUAGUGAUAGUUCAUCUAUUGAAGAUAAUUAUUCAGCACAUGAUAUUACAUCUAUGAAAUCAACCGAUAAGGAGAAUGUAUUGUCCAAAUUUUUCAAGAAGAAAGCCAAAGUUCCAGGAGCAAGUUCGAAUUCAGUAUAUUCAUUUGAGUCCAACAAUUCUGGAGUUACAGUUGAUUAUGAAUCAGAUAGUGAUGCACAUACUUUGCGAAAGAAGAGUAGUAAUGGUAUUUUCAAAAAGAAGUCCAAAGCCAAGUUAACUGAUGGUGAAGGAUCUACAAACAAGGAUAGAUUAAGACCAUUGAACUUGGUAAGCGAUGAAUCACAACUCAAGGCAUAUGAUUAUGCUAAUAAUGAAGAUAAGGAGAAUGUUAAGCAUGGUCGUAGUGCUAAAGAUUAUGGUCGUACCAAUGAAUAUCAUCAUCCAGAAGGUCCUUAUGAUAACGAAUAUGAACAACAACCUAUGACUUCGUCACCUACUCAUGAAUUCAACAUUGAUCAUCUUGAGGAUGAUUUCAAUUUACUUGAUGAUAACGAUGAUGAUGAUGAUUAUAAUGAGAUACAAUCUAGAUCGAUUAAUAACAAACAAACUAGUAAAAGCCAAACCCAACAAUUUAAAAGCUCGAUUUUAAUGGUUGAUGACGAUGAAGAGCAGAGACAGGUUAGAAAACUCAGAGGUGAUGAUGCCGGAUCGAAGAACAAGAAGAAGAAGACGCUUGUUAAAAAACAAAGACGUGAUCGUCACAAAAAGAAGGAAUCUGUCGAAUCUGUUGAUGCUGAAAACGAUCGAGUUCAAGCUAGUGCCGUAACUGCAACCACGACUGCCAGUGCUGCAACAGGCGUCAAUGAACAAGAAGCAAGAGGAGAACCACAAAGAGGAGGAAGAGAAGGGCAAGAAGAAGAAGAAGAAGGAGAAGAGGAAGAAAUUCUUCAAAGUAAUGAAGAGAAGGAGAAGUUGGAUAUUCAAGAGAAAUUGAAGAAGUCUAUUAAACGUACCUCCAAAGCCAACCAGCCAAUAGAAUUUACUGAUUCUGCAUUUGGGUUCCCAUUACCUCCACCAUCACAAUCUACGUUAAUUAUGCUUGAUUAUCGAUUUCCAGUACACGUUGAGCGUGCGAUUUACAGGUUAUCACAUUUGAAAUUGGCCAAUCCUAAGAGAUCAUUGAGGGAACAGGUUUUAUUAUCGAAUUUCAUGUAUGCGUAUCUUAAUUUAGUUGAUCAUACUUUGCAUUUAGAACAACAGAAUAUGAGUAGUGAGGAUGGGGAACCAGCAGAAGAUAAUGAAGAAGAGAUUGCCACGGGUGAAGAGAAUGAUAAAGAUAUGAUAUUUGCUGAGGAUAGUAUGAUUGUCGAUGAUGAUAUUGUCCCUGCUGAAAACCAUCCUGAAUCCAUUGCCAUUGAUUUGGAUAUGGAAGAUAUGGAUAGCAAUCCACAUCGAAAUAAUAAUCAAUAUUCAAGUAUAGAAGUGUAA